UCGCCCGUUCGUGCUGCUGCUCGGCUCGGGGCGUGUUGUUGGUGUAGUUGCUGUCGUUGGUGGUGGUGGGGGUAUGACUUUUAUUUUGGCCGCUUUCAAAAUGCAACAAUGGUCGGAUACGAUUCCCGUAAACGCAUAGCGCGAUUUUUACUCGCGGUCACAUCAGCGGAGAGAGCGAUGAAGCAACGUGUGGGACUGUCCGCGGGCGAGGUGCGAUGCUGCCGGAGCGGCACGGUGCCGACGGCGACUGACGGGCCCGUGAGUCAGUGAUGCUAGGCCUUGCAACAGCCACGGCAGCAACCCGUCAACGGCACACGUGAGGACCGCUUCACGUCGUCGACAGCGGCUCCCGUCGAUCCGGCCGGGCCGUUAUGGACACCAUGGACGAAGACUACGAUCUGGACGGUGUGGAGCUAACGCCGAUCGAAGAGUACGACUUCGUCAAGGCCAAGCAGCGAGCCUCGGUGCUGUGGCUGGUGUCUAAGGCACAUCAGAACCGGGUGCCCCCCGAGCUGCGCGAGGUCUUCUACCGGGACCAGGCGGAACAGGACCGGUUGCGGCCGCAACUUGUGCAGGCACUGGCCAGUGGCGAGCUGUACUGCCUCGCGCUGGCCAACAUCUAUGCCGACCCCAACUACCACAGCCUCAGCCACCAGGGCGUUGUGCAGGCACUGCAGCGCAAGGGUGUCGAGGUUGAGCCACCCGCCGACCACACCCCCCUCACCGAGACCGUUCUUGCCCAGACCGCUCCGCUGCGCAUGAGUGCCCACAUGGCUGUCAUCAAUGGCAUUAUGGAAUUGUACAUCAAAGAAGUGCUCAUACCCAUCAAGGUCUUUGAAGUGGUCAGACGGUUUUCAGCUGUCGGCUACCCGGAGGAGGUUCCCGUGGACGCAGAGGAUGCAGCGCUGCUCUGGCUGAACAAGUGCUCAGUAAAGAUGCGGCACCGCAUCGAGGACGAGCUGGGGCCCGGGCAGCCGCCUGUUGGGGGCCCGCCUGUGCUGCAGGACCUGGCGGACCUUAACGACGGUUGUGCGCUGGCCGCGCUGCUCAGCUUCUACUGCCCGCAGCACUUGCCCUGGCACGACCUGUGCCUGCCGGGCGACAGUCUAGCCGACUCCCUCUACAACCUGCAGCUGAGCCAGCGCUUCUGUGACGCGCAUUUGCCGCACGAUGUGUUCUUCCUGACGGUGGAGGACGUGCUCUUUGUGCACCCUUCCAUCCGGCAAAACCUUCUCGCCCUCCUUGCCGACCUCAUGUUUGUGUUUGAGAUCCGGCCAGCCAAGUGCGUGCGACGGCCGGGACUGCGGUACGAUCCGCCCAGCACCGAGAACUCUCUUCAGGCGGCUCGGCAUCGUGGGGAGUCCCUACGCAAGGCACGCGCCCUGCAGAACUCGUGUAGCCACAUUCCAGAUUUGUGCCCGCCAGACGACCACAGCCAAACAAAGCACAAUGGGGCCUGGCCAGAAGGAGCGCGAAGGCUGAGCCAAGGUGCAAAGCCUAGCACUCGUGUUUCACGUUCUUCUGUCCGGGAGGAUGAAGAUUCGGACCAGCUGAGCUCGUCACCUAGGUGUCGUUCGGACGAAGAUGAUGCCUUUCUUACUGGCCGGAGGCCAAGCUCCUCUCUGCGACGGCACUCAACUGAGGCCAUGGACCCUCUUCUGCCGGCACGCUUGCGGGAGCCCAAGGAGCGAAAUAACUGUGAUGUUGCAAAGUACCUGGAGCGUGGUGAAGACACCUCACUAGGCUCAUCACCUACGCCCCAGUCCCCCGCACGAAGCCUGCAUGAAGCUAUGCUCCGAGCGCGAGAAGCAGAGGAGCAGGGGUCUCCAGCCCACAGGGCAUCAUCCAUAAGCGGAAACCUGAGCCUUCGAAGGAGCACCUCCCGCUCAGAGCUGGGAUCUCCUCUUCACCGGAGCGGGUCACGCAGCACCCUUGUCGGCUCAGAUCAUGCGUCACCUCUGCACAGGAGUGCCUCCAAGUCCGAUGUUGGUUCACCAUUGCGGAGGAACUCUUCCAGAUCAGACCUGUUCCAGCCAUCACAUCUGAGCCGCAGCACGUCGCAGACCGACAUCUAUGGAGGCUCUCCCAUACGGAGGACGGGUCGGUUUACAACAGAGACCGAAACAAAGAAGCCUUCAACCCUGGAAACCUACUAUGACCAGUUGGGAGGAGGUUUGCAAAAACAGGCGGGCUAUCCACUUCGGCGAGAGUCGUCCCUGUCGCACAUGUACAAUUUUUCUGGUGAGAAGGCAGCCCUGGAAAUGACAGACCCAUUUGAGACUGACAUGUUUGCAGAGCACAGGGAACGAACGAAGAAGGCAGCUCAGAUUAUGAGCUUUGCACAGCUGUCAAAGAUGAAGGAUACCACGGACUCCGGCAAGGCACCAUCAAGCAUCAAUAUUGUCUACAUGCAGCAGGACGGCUCUGGGAAUCGGUUGCCUCCGGAGAAGCGGAAGACAACGCCAACCGAUGGUGUUAGUAAAUCAUCAUCAUCAACAACCACGUGGCAGCAGCAGGCUGCAGACAGCGAGGAAAACAGGACUGCAGAGGACAGUUCAUCACCUCUGGCAGCACAGCUGAAUAAUGUGCGAUUAAAGCUUGAAGAAAGGCGGCGUAAGAUCGAACAAGAGAAGCGCCGCAUGGAAGAUCGUGUCAAGAAGCAGCGACAAAAGGUCAGCAAGGCAGCCUUCUUGCAAGCUGUUGCUCGCGGUGACAGCAAAGUCUCCGAAGGUGGUAGCAUGCAUGAGUCAUCUGGCGAGACACUGGUCGACGAGACUUCUGCUGACAGUGUUGACUCGGAGCAUCCCCAGCAGAAGUGGCUGCAGCAGAAUGGCAGCCCACAACCCGUGGAGGAAUCCCCUCAAAGUGAUGACGUGGACCUUGAGGAUAGCACCACGACCAUUGAACAACUCAGCACAGAACUGACGGUUCUGCAGUCCGACAUCUCGCGCAUCACCAAACAGCAGCAGGCCAUUCAGAACCUUCUGCACGGCCCCCAGGCUGUGCCAUUGCAGCCACAGCCUCAAGAGCAGUUCUUCCUGCACAGUGGCAAUGAUGGCGGCCAGCCUCAAAGCCUGCCCACAUUUGCACACGCCAGUCCUCAACCUUACCUCACCGAAUUGGUGCGACCACCGCCAUUUCAGCAACAGCAGCAACUGCAACAGCAGCAACUGCAACAGCAGCAACUGCAGCAGCAGCAACUGCAGCAGCAGCAGCAGCAACUGCAGCAGCAGCAGCAACAGCAGCAGCAACUGCAGCAGCAGCAGCAACAGCAGCAGCAGCAUCAGCAGCCCCAUCAACGACGUCAGUGGGAAUACCCGAUGGCACCCAUCCUGCCACCACAGCAGCCUAGAAGAGGGCAGUGGGGCCCUCCUGUGGUCACACUUGCCGAGCAACCCAUGCGCUGGGGGGCCCCAGCCGCCGCACUGGUGGAUCCGGGCUACGUGGUCUAUCCCUCAGGUCAAAAUGAGUUUGCAUACCAACCGCCUUACUACCAGAAUGGCACUGCUGCCACCAUGCAGCAGGUGGGCUAUGCCAGUUUUGCAAUGCCGUCACAACAGCAACCGCAGCAGCCGCUGCAACAGCAGUCGCCGCAACAGCCGCAGCAGCAGCAGCACACACUGCCACCACCAUUCCAAGCACCUUGCACAGUCAGUAUGGAGCAGGUGACUGCUGCCGCACCCACUCAGCCCGAAUCUCAGCGCCCGUCACGGACGCCACCACCGCCUGCCGUGGAGGAGCAGCUUGUAGAACGCCUUGAGAAUCUGUCAAUGGGCAGCUUAGCUUCGCCGCCCCGGAGUGUUGAAUUUGGCAAGACAUACCGUGUUUCCAAGGGGCAGCAGCCAGUGCGGAAUCAGGCCAAACCAUCCGAUGACGGCAGUGAAGUGGGCUUCUUUAUUAGCUUCGAUGAUCAGCAACCUAAAAAGCCAAAGCCCAAGCUCCGUCCAAGAAUCGCAAAACCAGAGGAAAAUUCUAGGCCAGAAGAGUUCGGCCUCAGCAAUGGUACCCUUACAGCAGCAUCUACAGAAAGCACAAAAGGCUCUGAGAACUCAUCAAACAGCGCCCCAUCAGAGAACCAAGGACCUCCCAGUGGGUCAUUAGGGGUUGGUUUUGUCAUAGGAGCUGACUUGGUGAAUCCUGACCCGGAAGCGGAGAAUGAGAUGCAGCGGCGCAAGGAGAUGAUGAUGCUGGUCUCACUGCGGAGGAGAGAAGAACAGGAGGCGGCCAGGCUUGCCAAAGAGCAACGAAAUGCUGUCAAGCGAAUGCAAGAGCAACUGCGACGUGAGGAACAGGCGCGGAAGCGAGAAGAAGACCGUCAGCGACGACAGAUGAUCCUCGAGCAGUACCGUCAGCGCAAGGCCCAGGAAGAGGCUGAGAAGGAUGCUGCAGUCCAUGGGGGCAGCAGCAUGAGCUUGCGUGGUGGUGAAGGUGGUGCUACGCUGACACGCAGCAGUGCCAAGCCGCGAUCGUCUUCGCGGCCCCGACCAAAGUCGAUGCACCUCGGGCCAUGUUCGUUGCAGCGCGGCUCUCAUACCAGUCUUGACGAGUGUGGGCGGCAGCGUGCAGCCAGCCCACCACCCUCGGGGACCGAGUGGCGGGCUUCGGCCAGUGAUGGUGCCUCGGACACAGCCUCGACCCACUCGCUCAUGCUGUUGCCCUCGUCAAGCGAAUAUGUGGGGCCCAAGCUAUUCGUCAAGCCUACAGCAAAGUCCAAUCGCAGCAUCAUCAUUAAUGCCAUCAACACUGUUCUCGCGGGAGCGGUCAACUCUGAAACCAAGAGGAAGGUGUUGGAGGAGAUAAACGUCUCUGAGAGCAAGCACUUCCUGAUCCUGUUCCGAGACUCGGGCUGCCAGUUUCGCGGCCUCUACUCGUACCACCCCGAGCGAGAAGAAGUGCUGCGGCUGCAUGGCAUCGGACCGCGCAGUGUUCUGCCGUCCAUGAUGGACAUGUUUUUCAAAUACAACUCUGGCGCCAAGAGCUUCACUCAGAUUCACACGAAGCACCUAACAGUCACCAUAGAUGCCUUUACCAUCCACAAUCAUCUGUGGACUGUGAAGAAGACCUGUGUGCCUCAACGCAGGGACUUGUGACGACCGCACGUCUAAAUCCCCUUCCAGUGCAUUUGUUUCUCGAAGAUAGACUGCUGUGCUGGGGCUAUAACCAGGCUAACCAAUGUGUGCCGAGGAGGCACGGCAGUUCUCCACACACCGGUCACAUAUUGCCGCUGGCUUUUUUUUUCUUCUCCACGGCUGAGACCCGAGGUUUGCGGGCCGAACCUCAUCAGGAAGUGGUGGGGACUGUUUCACCCGCAUUUUUUUCUUUCUUCCUGGGGAUUUGCGCGCACUAAUUUGUUUUGCUUGAGAUUGUACUUUGUAUAUAGCGGGCGUCGUUACUGAUCGUGUAGUUGAAGGAGAGAAGAGCCCAGCUGGAGAGACACAGUUGUCGCAGUUUCUCGUUGCCCUGUUUGUGCGGGAGGGUGAUCCUAUGCUCUUUCGGCCGACUAAUGAUGACUGGAGUCCUUGGGCAAAUUGUGUGAUAUGGCUUGCCAAAUGUAAUAUAGUCGAAGCCAACAGUUGCGCAUGUUGCUCGAAAAAAAAAAGGCCAUGCGGGUGCCGGUUUCUCGCUUCAUUUACCUCCAAUGAUGUCCUCGUUUUUCUUUUUAGGCUUUUAAAUGUUACUACAAAUAUAGAUACGCUGACACACAAACACAAUCUGCACGCACGAGUUGCUCUAAUGGCAAAUGCAGCGCUGGUUACCUUUUUUUUUUUUUUGGCUGUAAUACACGAAUUGUUCGCGAACAAUAAAUGCAGCUUUCCCUUUUU